AUGGGCGAAAAUCCUGGCGUAGUCUUCCGCGUCUGUGGUGAUACGACCACCUGCACCACUUCCGCCGACCAAUACGUCGGUAUCAAUGGUACAUGGUGGAUGCAAGACCAGUUUGGAGACCCGAACGGAAGUGGAUUUGCCUGGCUUGGUGGUUCUGGCGAUCUCUCGAUUGUCAAUUCCACAGACUUGGCACUUGUCAUGGGUGGCUCACCUACUUUCUUUGGCGGUGGUUGUGCUAUUUGCAUUUCCUUCCCGCCAGGUGGUGCCCAUGCUCCUUGCCCUCUUCAGCCGGGUCAAUCUCACUUGGGUAUUGCUACCAAUCCAAACAGCUGCCAAAACUUCUAUUGGCAGGAAGUUCCGUGCCGUUCAGAGAAGUAG